GUGGAUGCCUGGCAGAAGAAGUACUGCAGCGCAGCUCGCAGGCUCAGCAAACUGGCUGAGAAGGAUUCAUCCUAUUUUGACUUCUUGCUGGCUCUCAUCCCAUUUAAUCAGCGAAAAUGCAUGGCACAGGAAGCAGCUCAGGAGGCCAACAGUGUGUCAUCAUGUGGCCAGUGGAAGCAGGCGCUUACCCUCCUGACUGUGGCAGUACAAUCAGGCGGCAGUCAGAGAAUGGAGUAUCUUCACCAGCGGGCUGUGUGCCUGGCACAGCUGGGCUUACAUGAGCGGGCUAUAUCUGAUCUGGACAGAGUUAUCCAGAAACACGAUGGACCUGACUACAGCUGUUCAGAACACCCUCAAGUCCGGGUGGAGGAUUUGUGCUUGCGAGGUCGCAGCCUGGUGCUCUGCUCCAAAGAAGGGCCAGCUCUGGAGGACUUCAUCCGGGCCCUGGAGCUCGACAGAGAACGGGCCAUCCAGUGUGUGGAGGCUGGGCUAGGAAGACUGCCUCUGGCUGAGUGCUUCCUGCGGGGGGCGCUGCAGCAUUAUGGGGAGCAACAUCUCAGUAAGGCUUGGACCUUGACUGAAUGUGGCCUCCUUUUGGACGGUGAGAACACAGAGCUCCGCAGACUGAGGGCAAAAGUCAAACGAGAAGUGGCCAAUCCUUGCAACGUGAACUAGUGUUGACUGUGAACUGGACACAGAAUCUCCA